AUGGCUUCUUGCUUCUCAAACCACACUGUAUGUUAUGGGUGGAAGAGAAGAAGCAGCCCAUGUAGCUUGUUUGGGUGGAACAUAGGCAAGAGAAAACAGGAUGAAUUGCCACAGACCAACAAGUACCAUGAAACUGAUCUUCCAUUCUCUCCUUCUCUGCUUGGCAAAACUUUCUUAAGUGGUAGGGAACUGAAGUGUUGCUAUAAGGCUACCAUUGAUGGAUUUAGUGCAGCUAAUUUCCACAACUGCUGUGACUUCAAGGGGCCAUGCGCCAUAAUUGGCUACACAAACAAGUCCUUCAAGUUUGGGGCAUUCAACCCUGAAGGCUACAGAAGCACAGAUGAUUACUAUGACACUUUUGAUGCAUUCCUCUUCUACUGGACGGAUAAUGAAAUAGCUGACCCAAUUGUUCUACCCAAAGUAGGAGGUAGUGGGGCAGCCCUUUUCGAUUAUGCUCGGGGCGGGCCACAAUUUGGGGCUGAUGGUCUGCUUAUCGGGCCACCUCUAGCGCCGGUUAUGGGGGCGUUUGCAGGUCCGGAUACUAAUUCGGGUAUUGGUGAUUUAAGGCAAGCCAAAUCUAGAUUAGGAUUGUCAUAUGCAAAGAGGGAAGAUGGGAAGGAGUCACUUUUUGGUGAUGAGUCUAGAGCAACCCUUGAAGAAGUUGAAGUUUAUUGUAGCCCUCAAAUUGCAAAUGUAGCCGCUGCCUCAUUUCAUUUCGUUUUCAACCAAAACAAGUGGAGAAUACUCGUUUAUUUGUUUCCACUACAAGGGAAAAGUAACUGGGCGUGCUUAUUCAAUACUUUAGGCGCCAAGCAGUAG